GCCAUCCACAAACCAUUCGGUGGAAGACGGUGGUCAUUCCAUUGCCGAAACCGGUUGCGUGUGGACGCAAAAGCACCACAUUCCUGGGGCUGCAAAACGGCCAUUCGUCGGUCGGGGUCCUUCUUUGCUCGCGGGCGGUUACCGUGGUCCUGCUGCCUGAUUUGCCCUUCGGGAGGAAGAUCUCAGGUUGACGAAAGGACUCUCUGCCCUAGAUGGACCUCUGGAGUUUCUCGCGAAGGUGCCUGAAGGUGGCACUGGAGGUGGUGGCGUUGUCGAUGAGUGAUAAUUAGUGUGCUGCUGUUGCUGGUUUACGAUUUCAAGUGCAUUGGGGUAAGGAGCAGUAGAGGAAAGAAAAAAAAGCCCAACACAUAUGGAGUUGGGUUGUUCUGCAGGUUGCAUUCAUCAGAAGAGAGUGAGUUCAGUUGCAGUUUAAAUCUCGUCCGGAAUGGACGUGAUUAGCCUUGGUCGUGCGUGCGUGGGGGAUUCAACUCAAGCAAAAAGUGUGAUUCCGUUCUGCAAUGUUUAUAAACGGAACCGCUGAUCGAGUUACGAGUGCCAAGUUGCUAUUAGUCAUAUGGAGGGAUUUGCAAUCUUUAAAUAGAUCUUGCAUCCCAUCUUAAUGAUCAUUAAGAACGAAGCUAAAAGCUUUAAAGUUUAAAAUAUCGUAGUUUAAAUUAAAACCUGUCAUAAUAAAAAAAAGUUAUUUCAAUUCACAGACUCGGGGAAACGGCAUAAAACCCCUAAAUAGGUGGACCAGCUUUUUGCAAAAAGAAACUUGAUUCACCAAUGAUCGAAGGAAAAAAAAUCCGAACAGCAAGGAAAUGCAAUUAACGAAGAAUUUCGGUGCAUAUAUAAAGUGAAAACGCGUGUUUCAGUCGGAUCGAUUGAUUUAUGAGGUUUUUUGGGUAUUGGCUAAGCGAAGGAUCGAAAUAUUCGGUUAAAAAAAUAGUGCAACGUUAUCGCGUUGCUCAAGUAGCGGUGUUGAAUCCGAUUUUGUAGCUCAGCUUACUUUCAGCGGAUAUUUCUUUCGUCAAGUGAAAUAUUGUGAUUUUUCAACAGAAAAAGACCAACGAUAUAAACGAAAUCGGUAAAGAAAAAAAAAACUAGAAAAUGAUUGUAUCAACUCAAUGUGUUAACUCAAGUUUGGGUGUUUUGAAGUAAUUAUUUGAAGAACACCGUCCAUGUGCUACGAUUUCAACGGUUUAUGAUACAACAAAAACGAUGAAGACUGUGCCGCUUUUCCUAAGGAUCCUGCUGCAGCAACAGCUGAUCAUUGGUCUUCUGGUGUCCUCGGUGCUGAACGGAGGAGCUGGUGGAGGAGGAAGCGGGCUGGUCGCUGCUGCCGGUGCCCUAUCGUCGACGAUGGUCGCCGCGGCCAAAUAUCGGCGGCACACCGACAACCUGCUUAUCACCCGGUGUCGUUCCAAAUGUACGAACACAUUCGACAAAAUGACGUGCGAGAGUUCCUGCAUCCAGGACUAUCUGGAAAACUCCUCCUACAAAAAGUACGGCGAUUGCCCUAAGGACUCCCUAAAUCGACUGGAGACCGGAUUGUGCUUCAACACCUGCAGCAGCAUCGAUUACCACUGUCCAGGGGUGGAAAAAUGUUGUGCCCAUUCGUGCGGCAUGAGUUGCCAGGCCCCGGUCGGACUGGACAAAGUGCGUGGCUUACCGCCUUUACCGCAUCACGUAACCCUGCAGGAAGCGGGCCGCAGAUACCGGAUGGCGGAAAUCCAAUGGGACAUUUCGCUGGAGGAAGAUAUCCAGUCCAGUGCGAUCUAUUUCGUGGUUGAAUCCCGGCACCACAUUGGGGUUAGCUUUGCCGAACGCAAGCUGGAGGAUGAUUGGCAGAACCACACCCCGAUGGUUAUCUAUGAGUUGAAACGACCCGGAAGCCAGAAACGGUACGUCGGAGAGUUGAAGCUCAAGCCUGGUCGAUGGUAUCAGGUCCGAGUGGCUGCUGUCAAUGAGAUGGGAACUCGGGGUUACUCUUCGGUUUCCAAGGAGUUUCAACUGAGUAAAACAGAACCAAAUCCUCCGCAGCCUCCGAGGAAUCUCACUCUUGGGGCACUGAUGCCUAGCUUAAACGGCACUUACUUUCGAAAAAUCUACUGGAUGCUGCCACGAUCGGACCUUCCGGUAGAGAAGUUCAAAAUCAGCUGGAGCCUAUACUUAAAUGCAAGUAGCGGUGCACGGAUGGGUAAUUCAUCGCUUUUCAAAGAGACAGCAACCGUUUCAGCUCCUACCAGACAUUACGAAAUCAGAGGACUAUUGCCGAACAGUAUAUACUACCUACAGAUUCAUGCCAUUAGUGUUUACGGAAAAAGGCGACUCAAAUCUAUGGCCACCAAUGAGCUGAUGGAUACAACUGUGAACGCUAACGGAGUCGGAGUCGAUGUACCUUCAGCCAAUCUGGACAAUAUGCUGAUGAGCGAUGCAAGCUACCCGCGCCGUACGAAAUCGGGUCCCACGUCGCUGGGGUUGAACUAUAAAUUUGUUCCUCGAGAAGGGGGCCUCUCGGUACGUCUCAGCUGGCCCGAUAGGGGUGCAACUAGCCGUUAUCGGUUGCAUCUGUGUCGCGGCUCCCGGGAAUGUCUCACCAAACCGAUGGCGGCCAGCUCUCACGAUGUCACGAUUGUCAAGAAAGCUUCCUACGAAUUUGCGCGGCUUGAUUUCGACACCAAAUAUACGGUUGGACUGCGUCACAGUCGAAAAAAUCGUCCGCUGCAGCCAUCGGAUCAUCAUACAAAAGAACACAAUCACCAUCAUAAUCACCAACACCACCAGAACCACAAUCAACUAGCAACGGGGUACGACAAUGUCCGGACAUUUACGACCCCGAAAUGUGAACACUUCCGCCGGAACCAUCCCAAUCUGCAGCUAGAAUGUGCUUAAUGGAACGCCUAUCCAUGCCGGUUCGUGUAGCAAAAAUACAAAUCCACUCUUAGUAGACGAUUUUAAUUUGUUGUAAGAAUUAGAGAAGUGUUUUUUAUUAUUUAGUUUUAGUUUUAAUCGUAUGCUGCCAUUGUAAAGUAUCUUAACAUUGAUCCUUAGCAAAAGAGAAGGAAAGAGGGAGAAAAAUUAACACGGAAGAACUUUACACUAAUAAAUAAAGACAGCUUGAAUUUAUGUGCCGUA